UUUAAAUGUGGAAUUUUGUGGAUAAGAUGCAAUAAUCUGGCCGAUUUUCGAGCUGCAUUUAUGUCAGUUUUUUGUGGACUUUCACAAGUUUCUUACUCUUCGUUCUUUUUUUUCCCCUCUUGGUUUCAUCUGCGAAAUUUCUUCGUAAAUGAUGAAGUUCGUUCCCGAGGCGGUUGUGAACCGCAUUGGGUACUUUGAACAAGACUAUGAUGCGUUGCAAAAACAUGGAUACACGCUUAAGAAAUGCAUUGGCGAGGGAAGUUAUUCCAAGGUUCGCGUGGCGCGUUACAGUUGUGGCACAGUGUCGGAAAUGCUGGCCUGCAAAAUGCUCAAAACGGACAAAUGUAGUGGAGGUCUGGAGACGAAUCCCUUCGUUCGCCGAGAACUUAGCAUUAUCCAGACGUUGCAGCACCCCAAUCUUAUCCGCAUUCACUCCAUCAUCGCUGUCAGCGACAGACUGUACAUUUUCAUGCAGUAUGCGGAAAACGGUGACCUGCUAACGUACCUUUUAAAGGAAGGGCACACGAAAGAGCCGAGAACUUGGGCCUGGUUUCGUCAGAUGGCCUCGGGGCUGAAAUAUUUGCACGUUCGAGAUUUGGCUCAUCGGGAUCUGAAAUGCGAGAACAUCCUUAUCACGAAACAUUUUAAUGUUAAAAUCGGAGACUUCGGGUUUGCUCGCAGUGUUGUGGAUGACGACGGAAAUCGAGUUUUAAGCAAGACGUACUGCGGAUCCACUGGUUACAUUGCACCGGAGGUUUUGCAAAAGCAACCCUACAAUCCACAAAUGGCGGAUGUUUGGUCUCUCGGAGUAAUUUUGUAUAUCAUGAUGAAUGCUUGCAUGCCUUUUGAUGAGAGACGCGGGCAGAUGCUCAAGGAUCAGUUCUUCCGUCGAUGGAAACAUCGGUCGCAUGUCCGACGAGAAUUCAGUGAACCUGUGAUUGAAUUAGUUUCCAGAAUGCUCGAGCCAAAUGUCCCUCUGAGAAUCACUCUGAAAGAAGUGUGUCGUCACCCGUGGGUUUCCGGCAGCGUUGGGUGUGCUGGCGCGAUUUCGACGCCUCCGUCAUCUCUCGGCCCUCCUGUCAAUUGCUCUGUCAGCUCCAGUGGUAAUCGUACUGUUCUUACGACGAAAACGGAUGCGGUACUUGAUGCCGGCGAGGGAGUGGCGACGUGUGUCGACAUGAUUGAUCGCAAUGAAAUGAAAGGACGGUCUUGUCCAAUUCAAGGAGCGCAGAUCAGUGCGGGAUUGAAUACUCCUGUGGCUGGGGUCGUAUCACGACCGACGCCAGUGAUUGUGGCCCCCGACGGCGACGUGUUGGACGUCUCGCAGGGGUCGUCAUCAUCGCCGUCUAGAGCCCUUCAGACAUCUUCCACAUCUGGCGAUCAAGCACCUUGUGCUUCCCAAAUGACGCUGCCAGAGCUCACUGCUGCGCUGAUCUACUUUUUAUCCUCAAGGCUAGGUCAGCCGAUGUGGAACUACGAGGACGUGACCGGCAGAGUAUGGCACAUCAAAAGUGCGGAUCAACUCUCGUGGCUCGUCAAGUCAAUUACGCUGGCGUUGCGGAGUGCUCUGCCUCCGCCUCACGUUCGACUGGACGAGAGGUGGAGCCAAAUUGCCCUGCAUUUGGCACUGUCCUCGUCUUCGCGACAUUUUGCUGGGAGAUCCUUGCAGGUUUUCCGAGCUUUAUGCGUGCCUGUGAACACUCGCAUGCUAUCGGAUAUUUUGACCCGUUUGGUGGAGACGGUCGCUGAACAAGGGGAAGAUAUGCAGGUGAGAAAGUGGUCGCCAUGUUGUUCUGCACGUGUG